AUGUCUUUUCUCGUGAAACUCGGCCUGAUAUUUUCUCUACUCGCGAGCUGGGCGUCAUGCUUCACCAAAUUUAUACGCCCCCAAGAGAGGGACCCAGAUCAAGAAGCCGACCAGGACAUGACGAAAAAUAACCACUAUGACGAUGGAGAAACCAUCCCGAUCGUAUUUAACACGAACAUUAAAAAGGUUGACAUCUAUGUGUGGCAAGUUCUAGGCGAUGGAAAGAAUACGCACUCGCUAUUGAAAAGCGAUGGUAAAUCGGAUCCUGAUGGUUGGAAGGCUCAGUACGAUAUCUCCAACGUGACCGAGAACAAGGAGGAUUGCAUUUAUUGGUUUUCGAUAAUUGACAGCAAAUAUCGCGGGACACUAGCGACAUCUCAAUACGUAAAUGUCAGCGCGCCGAAAGCCGUGGAGACGAAAACUGUCACUGUGUCCAUGGCAUCGCCAACUCUCACCAUGGAGACAACUAAAAGCACGACGGGUGCGUCCUCAAGCAAAGAAGAGAGUUCUAUAUCGGAGCCUAGUUCGAAAUCUGGAUUAUCCCGAGGUGAAAUUGCAGGUGUAGCAGUCGGCGCCACAAUUGGAGGCCUAUUGAUUCUUGGGGGUAUUGGAUGGAUGGUUUGGAGAAGACGGGCGAGAAGGAAAAAUGAUGCGGUGUUGGCAGAGCUUCCUGGAAAUUACAACCAAGACCAGCCUUACUCCGAGAGACCGAAGAGUGAGCUACCUGCUGAGCCUGUGGUUUUUCCUUCAGAGAGUCCUAGAAGCCCUCCUAGAAUCUACGAAGCACCAUAA